AUGAGCUUUCCAGACAACCUCCUGUACGCCCAAUGGCCUUUGCCCCUGUCCACCUACCCUGGAUGGGUGCCAAAGCCACACAUCGACGGAUUCCAGUAUGCUCCAUUUCCCAACGUGCAUCCGAGGCAUCAUCAGAUGCCAAUCAAUUACAUGGUAAAGAGCUGGCACUGUUCAGGGCAAUUCCCUGAUGACACCGAGUUCGGAUCCGUGGCCUCCAGCAGUGCGGGUUACGCGCAGGCCUGCCUCGACACUCCGAUGACUCCUGUUGGAAUGUACAGUCAGUUGGACUUCACCGCGUUGUGA